CCGCCUACGCAGUAGGUCGGCCGAUGCUCCGCUCUCUAGUCGCGUAGUAACUCUUUCACAUUUUCGUUUCAAUUUUCGAUUUAGGGUAACGGCAGCUGCUUAAACUAGAACUUAAAAUGUAGAUAACCCGCUUUCGUGCUUAGUCAUUCGGAGACCCUCGAGCAGUCGAGUGAAAACCUAAAAUACCAAAUCGUGUGUGUGUGGUGUUGAGCUUUGUAUUUUUUACGCGGUAAACAUUGGUUUUGUAUUGAACAAGUAGAUUCAGCAAUGCCAGUUCGAAGAGGACACGUCGCUCCACGAACUACAAUCAUCGAGACAAUUAUACGAAAAUUUGACACUCAUAACCGGAGCUUCCUGGUGGCGAACGCGCAGCGGGGGCUAUGCCACAUCAUCUACUGCUCGGACGGCUUCUGCCGCAUGACGGGCUUCAGCAGGGCGGAGGUGAUGCAGCGGCCCGCGUCCUGCGAGUUCCUGCACGGGCCGCUCACCUCGCAGCACGCCGCCCAGGUCGUCCGCGACGCGCUCGCCGUCGGCGCCGAGAAGCACUUCGAGAUCCUCUACUACCGCAAAGACGGCACCAAGUUCCUAUGCAGCCAGGUGAUAGCGCCUAUCAAGAGCGAAGUAGAUGACAUUUGCCUUUACAUUAUUAACUUCGAAGACCUGACUGCCCCACCAGCAGCUGAGGAGGACGUCGUACUGGCCACCAACACCAAACUCAGCAAGCUGGACCGCGCGCGACAGUCUUUCCGGCAGUCACUGCGGAUGGGGUCGCUACGUGGCCGCGGCCUUCGCCUCGCCGGCUACCUCACGCCGCCCAGCGACGUCACUGCCGAAGACGCUGACGGCGACGAAGAUCACGACCACGAGGCCACCAGGCCGAGUAUAGGUCGGAAAGAGAAGGAGAAGGAGAAGGAGAAAGCGAAGGAGGAGGAGAAAGAGAAAGAGAAGGACAAAGAACGACCGCUGGGCGAGACGCCGGCCGCGCCCAUCGCAUCACCGGAAGCCAUGUCGGAGGAAGCGGUACCAAGCGUGCCGCACGCUACGUCCCUAGACGCCAUCACACGACGCCCUCGCAUGCCGGAGCCGCAGCAGCCACCCGCCAGGAGCGCCACCGUCGCAGGCCCCACAAGAAACCAUGUCUCUAAAGCAUUCCCAAUCACUUCAUCUGAAUCAGAUCUCCAGCGCGUUCGGACGACCACGUCGAUAUGGGAACGAGGUAGUCAUGAUAGGAAAUCACCUUCACUCAGCAAUGUUCCCUCCGACAGUCUGAAGCACAAGUUCUCCAUUCAAGAUAAUGGAUCAGCAAAAUUCUUCCAAGGUGCUCUGCACACUCCAAACAUGGGUGAGAAAGUGGCACAGAUUAAUUUCUCCAGAAUGCUUCAUCAUCAGAAUACAUCUUGGGAGUUACUGUACAAGAGUCAUUAUUGUGUGUAGUUAUGUUGUUAUGUCUGCAUUGAUGAAAUUGUUAGUACAUUUGUUGAAGGUAGUUGAAGUCUAUGUGACACUAAGGUAAUACAUUUCAAAUGUGGAAAUAAAAUAUUUAAAUAUAAAGUAGUUUUUCAUUUAUUUCAUUUAUGAGAUUUAUAGAGAGUUAAAUAAAUGAUAGAGUGCAUAAUAUAUACAUAUGCAUGCAUUGCACUUAUUAUGAGAGACACUUUAUGUACUUCAUUGUGAAAAGGAAAUGUAAGAUUGGUAUAUUCUUGCUGCUGUUCAUGAUACUGAAACUGCAAGUCUCAGUGGGCACUUGGACACAUAAUUUAAAAUUAAGUGCUUAGCAUGUCUGGGCACUGUCACUAAGUUUGUACCUGACUUGUGUAAGGCUUUGCAGAAAUCACUUUGUGUGUGUGUGUGUGUGUGUGUGUGUGUGUGUGUGUGAGAGAGAGAGAGAGAGAGAGAGAGAGAGAGAGAGAGAGAGAGAGAGAGAUACAACAUAUAUGAGUAUUUCUGGCUAUACUGAUGCAGUAUGCUACAGUUACAGUCAAACAGUUUUAUAGAUUGUGCUCUCAUUUUUUUACCCUGGAAAUAAUUGUAAACAUACUUGAAAAUAAUGUUCCUGACAUUACUCAUUUAUUUGUACUGUAGUUAUAGACUUCACUGACUUUUCGAAACUGUAAUAUCAAUAUAUUUUAGUUGUAAUUUUGAAUAUAAUGAAGUGAAUUCAAUGCUUGAAUUCAUAGGUAUAUAGUGUGGUGAAAAUGCUAAUUUAUGUGAAUUAAAUGAUCAUGUGUUUUUAGUAAAUUUAGCUUUGUUGAGUUUGUUUUAAAAGUUUACUGCUGCUUCUUAAUAUUUAUUUGACUCAGUUGGCUACUAUUUAUUUCAUAAUAUUCAGUGCUGGAGCAUAUUGCUUUGUAUUUGAUUCUACAUCAAUAUUGUUGCCUCUCACCCAACUUAGUGUCUUCAGUGACACAUUACUGAGUGCUAGUUGGCACGAAUAAAUUUUAAAAUCCUUUUCGAGUUAAAAGGGGUACACAAGAAAUAUAGAAGUUAAAUGCACCGAUUUUUUCCUUGUUUAUGUUGGAGCUGUGUAAAUUAAGUGUAACUGUUUUAUAAAUACUGACCUAGAAGGGAUCUUCUUAGUUUGUUUAAAUCAUAUUCACAUUGAUUUAAGUUUUGAUGUGUUGUAAACAGUUUUGGGAUUACAACUGUUGUCCACUUUAAAAUAAAGUGCUGCGAUAAUGAAGAUCAAAGUAAUUUUAGUUUAUGGAUAAUACUGGUGCACAUUGUCUAUUUUGUACCUCUACAAAAACCCCAGCAGUUUCAAUUUGCUCUGUUUGUGAAAUCUUUAAGCAAAAGAGACGUAUUUAAGAGCAUUCACUUCUGCAGAGAGAGGGAUAUGUUGGAUGCAUUAAAUGUGCCAAAACACAAAUUUGUCUGACCCAUUUAGGUGCAAUGACUUGACAAGUUUGAUGUUAAAUUGUCAGAACAUUUUAAAUGUCCUCAUCUUCAUUGAUAACUGAGAUUAUGUCAUUUUGUAUUUGCAUUGUGAAAUUAAUUUGGAGACAUUUGUAAAUCAGGGCUGUCUCUUUAAUCUGGUGUAACUUCAAUGAUUUUCAAAGUAUGAAUAUGUCAUUUUGCUAGUAGCCAUAUUCAAAUGAAGAUAAAAAAAUACAUGUACAGUUGUAUUUUUGUUUCAUCUUGUGUUUUACUA